CUCCACACUCACCCAUCCAUCAGCAACAAGCAAGCAACACUCUUUCACAUACCCGCCCGUCGGAGGCAAGAUCGACCGGAUGGCCUCGGCGCCGGUGGAGUUCCUGGGUGGCGCGCAGGGCGGGCUGGGCGGGGAGGCGCUCUACUGCGCCGUCAUCCUCUGGCUGUCCGCCAUGUCCUGGAUCAUCUUCACCUGCGUUGGCAGCGACGACGGCGGCCACAGGCGGAGGGGCCGCCGCGGCAGCCGCGACACCAAGGUCUUCGUCGGCGCCGAGCGCCUCUGCGACGGCACCGGCCCGCGCUGCAGCGGCGGCUACGGCCUCUGCGGCUCCUGCGUCGACUAGCCGACUGCGCGCCCGACUCGAGUCGCGCGCCGGCGCGCUCUUCUACGUACUGUACGCUAGGUUGGUUGCUACUUCUUCGUGCUACGGUGCGAGGAACUCCGAGUUCAUCUUGAUUGGCAACUUGUAGCCCUGUAUGUAAAUAGUUCUAGGAGAUCGAAUCGAUCGGCGAGAUGAUGAGCUAGCUAUGUAUCUAUCUAUCCCCUUUGUGAAGACAAUAAGAGGGAGCGUCUAUGCUACUGUACUACUACGUUUGAUCCUCGCUUGCACGCAAGAAUCAAGCUUCAUGUUUUCCUCUGGUACGUCCUCCUUUGUGAAGACAACAAGAGGGAGAGUCUAUACUACUGUACUACGUUUGAUCCUCGCUUGCACGCAAGAAUCAAGCUUCAUGUUU